AUGCGAAUCAAGAUCCUUCCUUUCAUGUUAGCAGCCACAUGUCCCAUUUUUGGAUUUUGCUUCUUAAUGCUUUGUUAUUGGCUUUACCAUAAUAGAAAGGCAACCACAGUGAAAAGCGAACUCGAAACCAAAAAACAUGGAGAUGUUCGCACAGUAUUGAAUUACGAUGGAACAAUUGCAUAUGAAGACUUCAUUAAGGCCACAGAGGACUUCGACCUCAAAUAUUGCAUUGGAAUCGGUGGCUAUGGUAGUGUUUACAAAGCCAAACUGCCUAAUGGUAAAACAUACGCUUUGAAGAAACUCCAUCGGUUUGAAGCCAAGCAACCAGCGUUCAACAGGAGUUUCAUGACUGAGAUCCAAGUCUUAACAAACAUAAGGCACAAAAACAUUGUGAAACUCUAUGGUUUUUGUUUGCAUACCACAUGCAACUUCCUUGUAUAUGAACACAUGGGAAAGGGGAGCCUCUUUUGCGCAUUGAUUGACAGUGAAUUAGCUGUGAUAUUGGAUUGGAAGACGAGGGUUAACAUUAUCAAACAGGUAGCCCAUGCUUUGGCAUACAUGCAUCAUGAAUACAGCCCACCCAUCAUUCAUCGAGACAUAUCAAGCAACAACAUUCUCUUGAACUCAGAAAUGGAAGGAUUUGUUGCCGACUUUGGAGUAGCCAAAGUGCUAGACCCUGAUUCCUCCAACCGAUCCGUAGUCAUAGGAACUUUGGGAUACAUUGCUCCAGAACUUGCGUAUAACACCAUUGUGACAGAAAAAUGUGAUGUGUAUAGCUUUGGGGUGUUGGCACUUGAGACAAUUGGAGGGAAGGAUCCCAGAGACCUUAUAGAUCUCCUGAAAUAUCUCAAUUAUUCCAACCAAUAUGUUCCCACAUUGGCGAGCAUAUUAGAUGAGCGACUCUCUUAUCCAACCGACAGACUGAUUGAAAAGGAAAUUGUCCGAGUUUAUGAUGUCGCAUUAGCAUGCAUUUCCACGGAUCCAAAGGCUAGGCCGACAAAGAUUUCUCAAGAAUUAUCCAACUGA